CAGCAUGAACGCAUCAAACACCUCGGUGGCACUGCUGCCGGAGGACGGCUGCAACAGCACCAAUGUGACCGACAUGCCUCCGUACUAUGAGGAUUACGACUUGCCCGAGUUCGCUCCCACAGAAACAGACGCAGAGGUCUCCGUAGGCCUGAAGGUGUUCUUGGGGAUUGUCUACUGCCUGAUAGUGAUGACGUGUGGCUUCGGUAACCUCCUGCUCAUCUCAGUCAUCGUGUGGUUCAAGAAAGCCCGCACCAUGACCAACACCCUGAUCGCCAACCUCGCCCUGUCAGACUUCCUGGUGGCCGUCUUUUGUCUGCCCUUCAACCUCGACUACUACAUCAUCAAGUCCCGGAUGUGGACCCACAGUCACGUGACAUGCGUGGCUGUCCACUUCCUGCGGCAGACCUCGCUCUACGUGUCCACCAACGCACUGCUGGUGAUCGCCAUCGAUAGGUACGUGUACGUCAUGUAA